AUGCCUGCUCCCGGCGACCAGCACACGAGCAUUGUCAACCCUUUCGAGGACCAGAAGCCCGUGAUCAAUGAGUUUACAGCUCAGCAAAUAGCUACUCUCCAAAGCCGGCUCGACAAGCAACUGGGUCCCGAGUACCUCUCCGUCCGCGCAGGCCCCGGCGGUUCAAAGCUCCACUACAUCACCGCCGAAAAGGUCAUUUCCCUCGCCAACGAAAUCUUUGGCUUCAAUGGGUGGUCGUCCAGCAUUCAGAACUUUCAGAUCGACUUUGUCGACGAGGAUCCCAAGACCUUGAAAGUAAGCCUCGGGCUUUCGGUCAUUGUACGAGUGACGCUCCGCGAUGGGACCUACCAUGAGGACUUGGGAUAUGGGCACAUCGAGAACUGCAGAGGAAAGGCGGCUGCGUUUGAGAAGGCAAAGAAGGAGGGGACAACUGAUGCGCUCAAGCGGGCGUUGAGGCACUUUGGCAAUGUGUUGGGGAACUGCAUCUACGACAAGGAGUACCUGAAGAAAAUCGGGAGUAUAAGGGCGGCCCCGACAAAACUCAACCAAGACAACUUACAUAGACACCCGGACUUUGUGAAGUCGACGACUGGGCCGGUUGCCGCACAAGUUGCUGCUCCUCCACAACCUCAGCCUGCCGCACCGGUGAUUCCAUCUUCGGUUUCCGCCGAGUCGUUUGAGGAUUUUCUUGGUGAGCUCGAUGAGGCCGACUUUAUGAUUAGUGAAGAGGGUCACCCAGACGAGGUUCUUAUCACCAACUCAGCAUCCGAUACAAGUACUGUUAGUGUCAGCGAUAAGUCACCACCGCAGACCCCUAAUCCGAUGUCACGGACAAACGCCUUCGUUGGAGCGGGUACCCAGAUUAACAGCAACAACAAUAAUGGUCCACGGCCAUCGACAGGGCAGCUCACCUCCGGGAACCAGUUCAACCAGAACCGGCCUUCCAUCCAACAGAACAACAACUACAACCAACCACCUCGACCUCCUGUGGCCCAAAAUGGUGCUCCCCAGACCAACGGUCAGAACAACAACACUGCCAACGGCAAUAACAACAACAACAAUAACAACAACAACAACAACAACAACAACAACAACAACAACAACAACAACAACAACAACAACAACGCCGCUCCAGCCGUGGCCCCAGCGGAGGUUGGUUUCUUCUCGGCUCGGGCAGUGAAAGACAUACCGGAAGACGCCCUCGUCGCUGGCCAGGUUACUCCCCUCAAGGCAGGAAUGGGCUUCAACCCCCGUGCCGAAAGCCCUUCGAUUCGCAAGACCCCCGGCAUCGACCACAGCACAUCCAAGCCCCUGUCAAGAAGCGGGCAGCAUGUUCCCCCAACCAAGACGACCGAAACCAAACCAGCUAGCGGCCCUGUACCACGACCAGGAGGCACGGGUGUUGUCCCAUAUCAACGUCCAAGCAUCGCCGGAGUUACGAAUCCUCAGUUAGACUCUACAAGACGGAUCGGGGUACCUGGUUCAGGACCGGGUAGCCCGCUAGCGAACAGGAACCAGUACCGGCCGCCUACGAUCAAGAGACCUGCCCCUGAUGCCGGGAAUGGCAAUGGGCAACAGCAGAAUGGCACGAGGGAGCCGUUGGUGGAUGGGAAUAAGAACGCGCCGAUUGGGCAGCAGGCGAAUGGGGGGUUUCCGGGACCAGAGGCCAAGAGGCCGAGGGUUGCUUAG